AUGGUCAAUAUUCAUUCAGAACUUAUCCAGGAAAAUAGCCUGCAUCCUAAAAUAUUAACUAGAAUAGAUCUUGAUGAAAACAAAAAGAACUGUCAACUCGAUAUUGUUUAUGUUUUACCACCUAGUGUCUUUGUUGAUCCUUACCAAUUAAAGGAUCUGGAAGGACAUCUUGGAAGGGCAACUAUUUUCGGUGAACACGAUCUCGAAUUACCUCUUGAGAAAAUUAAAGAGACUCGUGGAAGUAUUGUGUUUUUAAGACAAAAAGAAAUACCUACUGGUCAAUUGCAGUUGGAAUUACCUUUUCAUCUUCGAUACCAGCAACCUUCAAAUAAAGUUACAAGUCGACUUAUUACAAUUGAGGCACCUUAUGCAGGCUGGACCUGUGCUCUUGGUAAUCAAAACGCCUCAUGGCCACCUCUCUCAGAUCAAUAUCCCUUAUUACCACCUCCUACUCAUACACAGGAUAUUACUUUUAUUAGGCUGACUCAUGAUACAGCGCCACUCACAUUGUUUGUGCCUGUUGGAAAAAUACAGGAUUCUCAGUUAGUCACUUGGGGAACAUUCAGUAUAGUUAUCUUCUGUACUUUAUGGAUCAUUCAAUCUAUAUUUUUAUCUAUAAAAAAAAGAAAAAGGUCAGAAGUAAAAGGAAAAAGAAGAAAAUCAGAAUAA